AUAGAUGGAGAAAACAUAAUCUUUUCAAAAAUAAAAUAGAAAAGAUAAUAAAACAUACACUUAUUUCAGCUGUACUCCGUUAACUUUUCUCGCAGUUCAUGAUGGAAAGCUCAUCGCUUCAAGUUGAUCAAUUCCGUGAAUGCUAUCAAAACUGGAUGAUCGAACAACAACAACUUCUUGAAGAGCUCCUACGAUUGCACAAUCAAAACCCGAACGACGAGAAAGAACUAGGUUGUAUCAUCCAAAAACUCGUUAAACACUUUCAAGAGUAUACUAAUAGAAGAGCGCAAUUUGCAGUAGACGAAGCUUUAUCCUUUUUCGCACCAACUUGGUUUACUUCCAUCGAGAAUGCUUACUUAUGGUUCGGCGGUUGCAGACCCUCGUUAUUGAUUCAACUUGUUUACUCGCUCUGUAGUGCUCAACUUGAGUCACAACUAAGUGAGUACUUACAAGGAGUUAGAAGAGGCAACAUAGGCGAGUUAUCCGCAGAUCAACUCAGCCUUGUUAGUGAGUUACAGAGUAGAACAAUUCUAGAAGAAGAGAGAAUUUCAGAGAACAUGGCUAGAUUACAAGAGAAUAUAGCUGAUUAUUUUCCACUCGCUAGGCUUGCUAACAACUCAGACGAUCCAGAUACUGACUCCCAUAUUGGGCAAGUGGAACAGGUUUUGGAUUCACACUCUGAAGAUCUUGCUAGUAUUUUAGUUGACUCAGAUAAGUUGAGGAUGAAUACUUUGAAAGAACUUAUAGGCAUCUUCACACCAUUACAAGCGGUGGAAUUACUGAUUGCUGGAAAGAAAAUUCAUCUUAGUAUGCAUCAGAGAGGCCAAGAGAGGAAUCACAUCCCUGGCAUGGAAGAACAUUUAUAUAAUGAAGAAGGCUAG